AUGAUCGAUGCCGAAUGUCGAGUAUAUUUAUUGCCAAAUGCAAUUGGCAAAGGACGUUUAACUAUAUUUCGUGAAGCAUGCACGAAAUUUUCUCUUGAAUUUAUAACACCAUUCAAUAUUGAUAAUAUUGAAUGUAUUAUUGCUGAAGAUACACUUGAUACAAAUGUUAUUAUUGAAAAAAUUCUCCAUCUUGAUCCAUCCAAUUUACAUAUUCCACAAAUAGUUAGUACACGAUGGCUUAGUGAAUCAUUACGUGCUCAAAAAUUAUUACCACGUGAAUCAUUUAUUCGAUCUAUAGUAUCUGAAACUCCUAUGACAUCUAAUGAAGAUAAUAUUGUACAUGAUGAGAAAAUACUUCGAACAAGAUUUAAUACUGAACAGUCAAUUAUGCCAAGAAUACGUUCAAAUUCAGACAGUGAUUAUGAAGACGACGAAGAUAUCAAUAAAACGGAUGAAGAAUUAGUUACAUUAGCUCCCAAAGAAGUCACAUUUGCAAAACAUAACUGGAUAUGUCAUGAAUCAUCUGCAUUACCUGUCGAUUCUGUUACCAAUCCAAAUCAAGCUGUUAUUGAUAAACUUCAAGAAAUGGCUAAUCUAUAUCGAAAUUCUAAUGAUAAAUGGCGUGCAUUUGGUUAUCAAAAAGCAAUAAGUACUUUAAAAAAAUGUAAUAGACCAGCAACAACCUAUGAAGAACUUCGAAGAUUACCUGGUGUUGGUUCACGUUUAGCAGAAAAAAUUGUUGAAAUUAUGGAAACAGGUAGUAUGACUAAAUUAGAAGAAUAUCAGACAGAUGCUGAUAUUGCUGUCAUGGAUCUAUUUGGACAAAUUUGGGGUAGUGGACCAGCACAAGCAAAACGAUGGGUUACUCUUGGUUAUCGAACAUUGGAUGAUCUUCGAACAAAAGCAAAAUUAACACAUAAUCAAGUGAUUGGAUUAAAAUAUUGUUCGGAAUUUCUUGAACGUAUUCCAAGAGAUGAAGUUUCACAAAUUGAAAGUGUUGUUAGAGAAGCUGCCGAAUCUCUUCGACCUGGUUUACUUAUACAAACAUGUGGAUCAUAUCGACGUGGAAAGGCAACUUGUGGAGAUUGUGAUAUAUUGAUAACUCAUCGUGAUGGUGUUUCACAUGAACAUUUACUCUUUCCACUUGUUGAUAAACUAAAAGCUAGUAAUUUUCUCAUUGAUGAUCUUGUUUAUACAGAUAAACAAGAUGAAAAAUCAGAAUCAGGUUUUUCCAAAGCACAUUUUCGAUAUUUUGGUGUAUGUCGAUUGCCAGGUGAAAAUCGUCUAGCACGUCGAAUUGAUAUUAUAAUUGUUCCAUAUGUCGAACAUGCAUGUGCUUUACUUUAUUUUACUGGUUCAAUGUUAUUCAAUCGUUCCAUGCGUCAACUAGCUGAUGAAAACAAUAUGUAUUUAUCCCAACAUCGUCUUCAUGUUGGUGUUAUUCGAAUGGGAAAAAAUAUUGUGAAUGAAGGUCGAUUAGUAGCAACUCCAACUGAAGAAUCAAUUUUUCAAUAUUUAAAAUUACCCUUUCGACCACCAUCAGAACGUGAUUAUUAA